AUGACGGCCUCUCUGCGUGGUGGGUCACAGGCAGAAUGGUAUGUUGUGCACUACGAAGACAGAGAGCAACAACGUGAUAUGUCUCCCUUAACACAGGCAGAAACAGCACCGGAGAGCGGCAGGGAUGGUCCUAAUGUCCAAGACACCUCAGGGCAGAACAACUCCGACCCAGCUGGAGCAGGCAGCUCUUUGACCUCACAGAGUUUGGUUGCUCCUGCUGGGGUCUCUGCAGGUACUUCAGCUGCAGCGUCAUUCUUCAUAAGAGCAGCACAGAAGCUUAACCUGUCCUCAAAGAGAAAGAAGUACCACCCGCCCCUGCCACACUCCCAUGACUUCUCUAUCUAUGCUACCAAUUUUAGUGGCAUACUGCAGUUAUGUCCUCCCCCAGCACCACCAUGCCUUCUGAGAGCUGUGUCAAAAAUCAAGGACAACCCUGGCAUUGGAAAGGUGAAAGUGAUGGUGAGAAUCUGUCCUUCUCAUGGAACUCAUGACACAUCCGAAUCCAUGUCAUUUCUAAAGGUAGACCCUCGAAAAAAGCAAAUCACACUUUAUGAUCCAUCUACAAGUGGACCCUCCAACUUGGGUCACAGGAGAGGUGUUGUUGCUGUCCCAAAGAUGUUUGCCUUUGAUGCAGUGUUCCCUCAGGAUGCUUCACAGGCUGAGGUAUGCUCUGGAACAGUAGCAGAAGUAAUCCAGUCUGUUGUGAAUGGUGCAGAUGGUUGCAUAUUUUGCUUUGGUCAUGUCAAGCUUGGUAAAUCUUACACCAUGAUUGGGAAAGAUAACUCCACACAAAGCCUUGGUGUCAUUCCCUGUGCGAUUUCUUGGCUCUUCAAGUUAAUCAACGAACGUAAAGAAAAAACUGGGACUCGUUUCUCUAUUAGAGUGUCUGCCGUGGAGAUCAGUGGCAAAGAUGAAAACCUUAAAGAUUUGCUAGCUGAAGUAGCCACCGGCAGCCUGCAGGAUGGCCAGUCUCCAGGGGUUUAUCUGAGAGAGGAUCCGAUAUGUGGAACCCAGCUUCAAAACCAAAGUGAGCUAAGGGCCCCGACAGCAGAAAAAGCUGCCUUUUUCCUUGAUGCUGCAAUUGCUGCCAGAAGUACCAGCAAACCUGAAUGUGAUGAAGAAGACAGGAGGAAUUCACAUAUGCUGUUCACGUUUCACAUAUAUCAGUAUCGCAUGGAGAAGAGUGGCAAAGGAGGAAUGUCAGGAGGACGUAGUCGCUUGCAUCUUAUUGAUCUAGGAAGCUGUGAAAAAGUGCUGAGCAAGAGUCGAGACGGAGGAGGUUCUCUGUGCCUGUCUCUUUCUGCCCUAGGCAAUGUAAUUUUGGCCUUAAUUAAUGGUGCUAAACAUGUGCCAUAUAAAGACAACAAGUUGACUAUGUUGCUGAGAGAAUCACUUGGGAAUAUCAACUGCAGAACAACGAUGAUUGCUCAUAUUUCCGACUCCCCGGCAAAUUAUGCAGAAACACUCGCAACAACUCAGCUUGCAUCUCGAAUCCACCGAAUGAGAAAGAAGAAAUCCAAGUAUGCAUCCAGCUCAUCUGGAGGGGAAAGUUCAUGUGAAGAAGGCCACAUUCGAAGACCACCUCACUUGAGACCAUUUCACCCACGGACUGUAGCCCUGGACCCUGAUAUUCCUGUACUGAGUAUAUCUAGUGAUCCUGAUUAUUCCUCCAGUAGCGAGCAAUCGUGUGAUACUGUCAUCUAUGUUGGUCCCAAUGGUGCAGCUUUGUCCGACAGGGAGCUGACUGAUAAUGAAGGACCUCCAGAGUUUGUUCCUAUAAUCCCUUCCCUGAACAAAAAGAGAAGCAAAGACAACUCUGCUAUUGCUAGAAGUUCUGACAAGGACCAUUUUAAAUGCAACACUUUUGCUGAAUUGCAAGAAAGGUUAGAAUGUAUUGAUGGAAGCGAGGAGCCGAUGAAGUUUGCCUGUGGAGAAAUACCCAUUGCAUCCAGCUGUAGUUCAGCCCCGGGGAGUACAGAAAAUAUGCAGUCUAAACUGAUAAAGGAAAAAACAUCCUCUUCUUGUGGAGGGUAUAAGAAACCUGUUCCACCGGAAACCGCAUCUCCAAAAAAGGGACAAAACCUUAAUUUGCAGGCCGGUGUGCAAAGAGCUGGGGUCUGUCACGAGAAUAACUCCCCACACGUGAAAGGGGAACAUCCCAAACAGCAAGCCAAAGCUGAAGGCAAGAAACCAGACCCAGCUUUGGAUGGGGAGAGAGAGAAAGAGACAAUCACAGAUUCACUGAAAUUGUCAAAAUGCAACCCUUCCAGGAGUCGAGAGCAGAGUAAGGCCAUGACUGAACCUAUAGUUAAAGAAAAAGCUCUGUAUGUGAAGAGACCUUUGCCAAGCCCUGCGCCCCCACCCCCGCAACAGAAAGACCAUGCUCUGAAGUCCAAAGAAGCAUGUGAGGUGGACAAUAGCAAUGCAAUCCGGACUCCUCCCGUAGGAAUGAGCAAACAAAUGGCAAGCAAACCAGAGCAUAACCCUGCAGAAAGCAUGCUUUUAGUUGGUAGCAAUGGGCCGAAUCAGGCAGGUGCUAUAGAGGUUCAUAGUUUCCGAUCAGCCUUCAGAGGAAAAUGUUUUGACCGGGAUAUACUGACAACCACUGUGACUUUACAGCAGCCUGUGGAGCUCAAUGGGGAGGAUGAGCUGGUUUUUACGGUGGUAGAGGAACUCUCCAUCAGCGGGAUUUUGGAUAAUGGAAGACCUUCCAGCAUCAUUAGCUUUAACAGCGACUGUUCCCUUCAGGCUCUUGCGUCGGGCUCCAGGCCGGUUAGUAUUAUUAGCAGUAUAAAUGAUGAGUUUGAUGCUUAUACCUCUCAGGAAAGCUGUACUGGUGUAAAUAUCGAUAUUGUUGUGCCCUUUGCUGAGGAUCCAUUUUCUAGUAGCAGACGUUCGUCCAUCAGUUCUUGGCUGAGUGAAGUGAGCAUUUGUACCAUUGAAAGUGAUGGAGCCCAGUCCAGUGACAGUUUUGUUGCACAGUCAGCCUUCAGCUGUAAUAAGUCCAAGGAGCCUUUUAACUUGGAUUCAUCCAACGUAACUGCCCCACUGAAAAGCUCCCUGAAUGACAGUGGAUUUUGCUUUUCUGAGCUGGAGAAUGAGAGCAUGAGUUCCUGCAAAAUGUCUUCAUGCCAGAGCCCGCAAACCUCUGAAUUAACCAAAGCAUCUCAGAUGAAAAGUGCUUUUUGUGUAACUGAUCAGCCCGUAAAAGUUAAACUCAGUAACUGUCGAGAUACAUCUGUGAUAGAAACGAUACAUUCUAGUCUUCCUAGGAAAACAAAAACUACCUCAUCUCCAACCCACGAUAAUGCCAUCCUAAACUACAGAGAACUGCAGAAUCCACGUGACAUGUUUGAUGAUCCCUGGCUGUUGCGCGCAGAUAAUCAAUCAGAAGCAAAAACUGAAGACUCCCUGCUGUCCCCAAAAUCUCUUCCAUUUGGUACUGAGAAGCAGCCAGCCAAAGCUGCCCAAUAUUUCAGUAGUGCCGCCAGGCCAACUAAAUCGCAGACAAUGCUUGCGUGUUCUCAGAGGGUUGUAGAUGGUUGUGAAAUGGUUUGCAAAUCUUCCAAUGGAGCCAAUAAAAAAUCGGAAGCAGCAAUGAAGAUGCCCCAGCUUAAGAGAGGAGCCACCACCCUGGGUGUGAUGCCAGUGACACACAGUAAUAAUGGUCCAUCAGAGGCAACGGCUAGAGGAAAUUCUGAAAUUGCCUUUGCUGGUGGUAGCCUGAAAUCAUCUCUGGGAAAGAAGUGUCUGCCACAAAAAUGUAGCAUGCUCCCAAGGCCGAGUGGGACGAUACCCCCAACACCACCUGUACGCAAAUCAAGCCUAGAGCAGAAAAAUGUGGCACUGGUAAGUGGUGGGGGCAAAACGGCUGGAGUGGAGUCUGCUAGAAUCACAGCAACAAAAGCUGAGGAAGAGGCAGACCUGCGGUCAAAAGCCGGGCCUUAUCUUAAUGAAAGUGCCGGCAGUAAAACCAACCUCAAGGGAGACCAUUCUUUGCCUAAAAUGACUUCCAGCUUAAAGACUAAAACAUCUAAAAGUGAAACGGUUCAUCGAUAUGGGAGUCACAUGUCUCUCGAGAGGUGUGAAAGUCUGACGUCAGUUGGAUCCAAAGCAAAUAUGAUGAGGGAAACUGGUAAUGUUAGUGCGAGCAAUGGGAGAGCAGGGCGAUCUGUCCCAAGGCUGGGCGUUCCCCCCGUUGCUUCAGGUGCGACUUCACCACAGUCGUAUACUGCACCGUUACCCUGUAAAAACAGCCAAGCAAAAAAUGCAACUAAUCCGAAGUCUCAGGCCAAUGGAAAUAAAAACCGCAGUCUUUCUACAAAUGGGUCAAGGUCCCUUAGCUCCUCUGUGAAAUCACUGACUCAGUCUGUUGGAAAGAGCUCUAGCAUUCCUCCCAGUGGGAAAACUGCCCCACGAUCGAUGCAGGGUGUCAACAGCAAACCUGGCAGAGGAACUAUUAUGGGGACGAAGCAGGCAAUUAGGGCAGCCAACAGCCGUGUUAAUGAACUGGUCUCAGGCAGUUCUGCGAAGGUGGGGCAUUUCAGAGGUUCCACGGACUCUGACAGUGGGAACGACAGUGGUAUAAACCUCAGCGAUGAAAAGUCACAAAUUCCAGUGUUGCCAUCUCCAUACAGCAAGAUAACUGCGCCCCGGAGGCCUCAGCGGUAUAGCAGUGGGCAUGGCAGUGAUAAUAGUAGUGUGUUAAGUGGAGAACUGCCACCAGCAAUGGGAAGGACAGCUCUUUUCUACCACAGUGGUGGCAGUAGUGGCUAUGAAAGCAUGAUUCGUGACAGUGAAGCAACGGGCAGUGCUUCUUCGGCACAUGACUCGAUGAGUGAAAGUGGAAUGUCAUCGCCGGGAAGGAUGAGAAGUUUGAAAUCCCCCAAGAAAAGAUCAACAGGUCUCCAGCGUCGUAGACUGAUUCCUGCUCCUCUGCCUGAUGCUGCAUCCCUAGGAAGGAAGCCCAGUGUGACUGGCCAGUGGGUUGAUCUACCACCUUUGCCAGGCACUUUAAAAGAGCCAUUUGAAAUUAAAGUUUAUGAGAUUGAUGAUGUGGAACGAUUACAGCGACACAGACAAGAGGAAACUGAGCCUUUCCAGGAUGUUGAAAAGGGUCUGCUGUAUUUCAAUACCAAGCUGAAGAUACUAGAAAGGCGCCAGCAGCGAAUUAGAGAAGUGAAGGCAAAGCAUGAAGUUUUAAAGGAAGAGUUGGAAGAGACAAAAUGCAGGUUGAUGAUGGAUCCAAAUAAGUGGAAAGAAGACUUUGAAGUUGACCCUGACCUUGAUAAGGAGUCUCAGGAGUAUCUCGAGGCACUGGAACAAGUGACAGAGGAACUGGAGCAAUGUGUCAAUCUGUGCAAGUCGCAUGUCAUGAUAGUGACAUGUUUCGAUAUUGGCAUGAUAACUGAUGUGCAAGAUGGAGUGAGAGAAGGUAGUUUUUGAAGAGACUGUAGGAAGUGAAGCAAACCUUCAGCAAGAAGAAGAAAAAGGGAUAUGGCAUUAGGAAGUGAAGGAGGAAAUGUGAAGACUUAAGGCAACGAUGAAUGUUGUAGAAGAUUGAGGAAUUGGAAUGUUUUAUAAAUCAUUAUGGUGCCUCAACCCAACCGGAAGUGUACAAAGACAAAUGUUGAACUAGACAUUUUUUCACAGAGGGGAGCUGAAAAAAACAGUACAAACCAAGACUUUAGAAACAAAAAAACAAACAACAAAAGUGCCUUUGAAGUUAAUUGGAUUUUCAGUUUUGUAUUUGGUGCUAGAAUUAAAGCCAGCAAACCUAAGCAGACCACAAAAUGUAUUCCUAUGAAAUAUUUUAUACUGUAUAGUGUAUUUAUGACUCUAUGUAAGAAAACAAAACAAACAAACAAAAAAAGAACCAACAUUGUAGCAAAAGCAAUAAGUAAAUUAUGUUUUCAUACCUGAACUUGCCUUCUUGUUUCAUAGAAAAGCUGUUUUAUGUAGCAGAACUAAAAUUGUAUUAUAAUUGUUUUCUUGGUUAGAAUUCAAGAUAUUUUUAUGAGCAUUUAUCUAUUGAAAAGGUGUAUUAUGGAAUUUUGAGAUAAUUGUUUUACAUUCUGUUUUUGUAUUAUUCCUUUUCCAGAUCAAAAGAAAUGUUUGUUUUCCAUUUUAUAUAUACAUACCUAUAUUAACUGCUUAACUACUUCCUUGGUUACUAACCUCAGUUAUUAUGGACCCAUUCUUUUUUAGAGUUGUUAACCUAACUCGAGGAAGUCUAGAAAGGGCACUGUGGUUUGUUUGUUUUUUUUCCCUCUGACUGCAGGAAUUGAGAAUUACAUUUAUUAUCAAAAACAUAAAACAAACAAAAAAAGAAAAAAACUUUUUGUAAAUGUUUAUGUUAGGUCCAUAUUUUUAUAUCGUUUUGACUAUAAAAAGCAUUUGCAUUAUGAACUUUUAAGACAAAUAGUAUAUCUUUUUACAGUUUUUCUAAGGAAGGCAAACCCUCAGGAUCAAGUUUAUACAUGCUGCAUGGGAUUUGUGCUUUUUUGAAGGAAACCACUUACGCGUGGAAACUAUUGAUAAAUUGUUGCCAAACAAAUACUUUUGAAAAGGUUUAAUAGCGUAUGUAAUAUCACAUUUCAUAAUGAAUCAUAUUUUCUGAUCAUCUUGCUUUUUAUGUUUUUUUUUCAAAUCCUUUGUACAAAUGUGUAUUAUAACAGCUUGCUUCAGCUUUUAUCUGUGAAUAAAAGAUACAUUUAUUGUUAACAUUG